AUGUGUGAUGAUGAUGCAGGAGCACUUGUCAUUGACAAUGGAUCAGGAAUGUGCAAAGCUGGUUUUGCUGGUGAUGAUGCACCACGUGCUGUCUUCCCUUCAAUCGUUGGUCGUCCACGCCACCAAGGUGUGAUGGUCGGUAUGGGUCAGAAAGAUGCUUAUGUCGGUGACGAAGCACAAAGCAAACGUGGGAUUCUUACAUUGAAAUAUCCAAUUGAACAUGGAAUCAUCACCAACUGGGAUGACAUGGAAAAGAUCUGGCAUCACACUUUCUACAAUGAAUUACGUGUUGCACCAGAAGAACAUCCAGUUCUCUUGACUGAAGCUCCAUUGAAUCCAAAAACAAAUCGUGAGAAGAUGACUCAAAUUAUGUUCGAAACUUUCGCUGCCCCAGCAGUAUAUGUUGCUAUCCAAGCCGUUCUUUCACUUUACGCUUCCGGUCGUACAACUGGUAUCGUCUUGGAUUCAGGAGAUGGGGUUUCACACACUGUUCCAAUCUAUGAAGGUUACGCUUUGCCACAUGCCAUCACACGUUUAGAUUUAGCUGGUCGUGACUUGACUGAUUAUCUUAUGAAGAUUUUGACUGAACGUGGAUAUUCAUUCACAACAACUGCUGAACGUGAAAUUGUUCGUGACAUCAAGGAAAAGUUGUGCUAUGUUGCUUUGGACUUUGAACAAGAAAUGCAAACUGCAUCAGCUUCAACAUCAUUAGAGAAGUCAUAUGAAUUGCCCGAUGGUCAAGUCAUCACCAUUGGUAAUGAACGUUUCCGUUGCCCAGAAGCUCUCUUCCAGCCUUCAUUCUUGGGAAUGGAAUCAUGUGGUGUUCAUGAGACCGUUUACAAUUCAAUCAUGAAGUGCGAUGUUGACAUCAGAAAGGAUUUGUAUGCCAACUCUGUCCUUUCCGGUGGUACCACAAUGUAUCCUGGUAUUGCUGAUCGUAUGCAAAAGGAAAUUACAUCACUCGCCCCAUCAACCAUUAAGAUUAAAAUCAUCGCUCCACCAGAACGUAAAUACUCAGUCUGGAUCGGAGGCUCCAUCUUGGCUUCACUUUCCACCUUCCAAACGAUGUGGAUCAGCAAACAAGAAUAUGACGAAUCUGGCCCAGGAAUUGUUCACCGCAAAUGCUUCUAAAUCAUCUGCUGAUAACUAUCAACAUUUGCCCACCGAAACAUUUAACCAAACGACGAACAAUCAACGAACGAGCCAAGAUUAUAGAUCUACGAAUUUUCUUAUUCUGAUUCACAACCAUCACUUUCAUCACACAUACGUUUUUAAGGAAGUUUAAUUUUUUCAUAAUUGAAUUUAAAUCGAAAAUGUUUUGGAAAAGAAUUUUUUGAUGGCAGCGCAUCGAAAAACUUUUGAGAACAUUCUCGAUCUCUUACAGCAAUGUAAACAUAAAUGAACAACAAGGUUUUGUAAUAAUAAUUCUCUUAAUUUCAUUUUUUUCUUAAUUUUCUCUUUUGUUUUUAUUGAUAUUAUUUUGUGCGCUUAUCUCGUUAAUAUUUUGUUUACAACAACUUAAAUAAUUUCUUUACUUUCUUCUGGCUGGUGUGUAUGCAUCUUUAAAGAAGCACAAAGUUCCAAACUACCCCCUUCAAUAUAUCUAUUUAAUGAAUAUCAGUAAUCAAAUGUCUCAGAUUUCAGGACACACAACAACGCAUAUCUUAAACUGCCCCAAAUACUCCCAAGGUUUUGUCAUUUUUUUGUAAGAAUUUUUUAAACAUUUUGAUAAUUAAUUAUCUUUUGUUCUUACAUUUCUCAAACAACAAUUUUAUCUAUCUACUCAUUUUGCUUUGUUUUCAUUUGCAAUUUUCAUAUUUUCUUUUUAUUUUCUCUAAAAAUUAUAUUACAAAUAAAAUAAACAAAAAUUUUAUGGCGAAUAAUAAAAGAAACAAGAAAAAUGUUUGUGAAGCUGUAGGGAAAUUGUAAUCGUGAAAUUAGACAGAAGACUGCAAUAAUCUACAUCGAUUUGACAGAAGAAAUUUACCACCGAUAUGUUUACUUAUCUAUCGUUACAUAAUAUCUACCAAUUUAAUUAAAAAAAGGAAUAAAAUUGAGAAGCUUUUUUAAAAAGGAAUGAAA